UCUGCGGCUGCAGGGUGACGAAGAAGAUGAGGUUCGGCUUUAAUUGACAGUAAAUGUGAAAAGUUUCAGUGAGAAGACAUGAAGACGGUGUUUGUCACUGUCGGCACCACGAGCUUCGAUGAGCUCAUUGAAACUAUAAUUUCCUCUGAAGCUACUCAGGCUUUAAAAGCUCGAGGAUAUGGGCGUUUGGUUCUUCAGGUUGGAAGAGGAGCGCUUCUGCCAGAUGCUGACAGCUGUCCAAACAUCAGAUUGGAGGCCUUUAGAUACAAAAACUCUCUAGCAGAAGACAUCGAGCAGGCUGACCUCAUCAUCAGCCAUGCAGGGGCAGGAAGUUGUUUGGAGGCUCUCGGUGCAGGAAAACCUCUGCUGGUCGUCGUCAAUGACAAGCUCAUGAACAACCACCAGCUGGAACUGGCUAAACAGCUGCACGUUGACUCUCACUUGUUGUAUUGCACAUGCAGUACACUGACGGAGACACUGAGGACCAUGGACCUUUCUGUUCUCCGGCCCUUCUUACCUGGACAGCCACAGAACUUUGCAAACUUUCUAGACAAAGCUCUCGGUAUUAAGUGAAACUUCAUUCCAAAUUCCGUUUAUUCUCUUUUACACAGAAAGCUGAUCAUUUGUACGUAGUCAUAGAUGUUGUUGUAAAUCAUGACUGUAUAGUACACGACUGGCACUGCUGAGUGUUUGAUAUUUUUAUAUGCAAUUAUAAUAAUAAUUUAUUUCUAACUUCAGAUCCCUGUGUAUGUUGUGAAUUAUUUGUAUAUUAAUUCUAAUUUUUGCUUAUGUUAAAGUUCUCUACAAGUGACAGAAAAAACUUCAUCAGCCUGAGGGGUUUGAGUCAAAUUACACACAAUGAGUUAAAGACAAAGAUGCACAAAAUGUCGCAUUGGUUCAGUGCAGCAAAGACGAAAAACAAUCUUAACUGUUUUCUAGGAUCCUUACCAACUCAACAAUCCACAAGGCUCAGGUUGGGGUAAAUGACUGAGCUGCUGUUACAUUUUAAUCUAAAAAUGUUUAUACAAUGUCCACAUUUUGCCUGUGCUAAAGUGUUGACAUCAGCAGCUCAAUCUAGAGAACAUAUGGAAAGGCCAGGCUUAAUGCUCACUCCUAAUUUUAGACAAAACAACUUAUGGCAUUCAUUUUUAUAAAGCUGUACAUCUUUUACUAUUUGUGUCAUGAUGGAAAAAGACAGCCAUUGCUAAGAAUAGUUUAUCUUCAAAGAAAACUUUGAUUCAUCUCUACAGACGGUUUACUUUUUAACAGCUUAUUUCUUUCGGUCUGUUGUUUAUUUGUGUUUCUUGGUGUGUUUAUGUGGUAUUUAGGUUGUAUUUACAGUCUGCUGUGAAUUCAUGCGUGUUUGCAUGUGUCAUAGUCUGGGGACCGACAUCUUGAAUGAGGCUAAACUCUGCCUGCAGGUCUGCGAUUCUGCUCAUUUGUUUCAUUCUGUGUCUGUAAUCCCAGACUGUGAUUUCACUGUAGGCCAGGAGCUGUAGCAACUCCAAAUUACAUUAACAUGUCAAUUUAUUUUUAUUUAAGUUUAUAUGAUUACCUCAUAUUUCAGUGACAGUGUCUGUUAUGAAACAAAACCCACACUGUAUGGCGUUCUGAUUGUAAAAAAUAUAUAACUUUAAACUUA